AUGCACACUGGUCCUGCAUUACUUGAUGAUGAUGAUGAUGAUGAUGAUGACGAUGAUGAUUAUGAUGAUAGAGUGUAUGAUGGGCAGCCAAGAGCCUGCGCGUCUUGCGGCGGUACAGACCGUGUCCGCUCGCAGUGUAUACAACGCCGAGUGGCCCAGCUACCUGCGGGCGAAGCAGUGAGACCCCCAGCCAUGUCAACGUUGCCUUUAACUUACGUGGUGGCAGCCGCUGGACAACUCUACACGCGCGACGCUCCUGACGCUUCUCGGGACGCUACUCAGGAUGAUGCAGCUCGCGACACUGAAGUGAUAGUGGAAGUUAGCGACCCGACGGUGACAACACAGCCAAAGAGUCAAGAAAAAGAACCAAAUAUCUCUGUUCAAAUAGAAUAA